CAUAGGAUGGAAGACCCUCCCUAGCAGUGGGCUGAGCAGCCUGGGGUUGGUUCGGUGCCCAUCUCACUCACAGCUUUGGGAAAGCAAGAAGGAAAAAAAAAACACUAAAAAAAAACCCAAAAACCAAUCGCGGGGAUCUGCAGCUUUUAUCGGCCGUGUGUAGUGCAGGCAGCGGGGAGGCAGCAGCCGUGAUUUCCCGGGGAUUUCCUCCGGUUCGCAGGGGGCGCAGCAGGCUGCAGCCCGGGCUCUGCAGCCCCCUCUCUCGGUCACUCACACAGACACUGAAGAGGAGGAGGGAGUUGCUGUCAGACGACAAGCCGGGCUUCUCCUGCACUGCUCCGGGUGUGACCGCAGCUCAGCCCGCUACACCCGCCCAGAGGCCAGUCAGCAGCGACGGCGGCAGAACCCCGGGAUGAGGAUGGUGAUGUGAAUGCGGAACCGGGCCGGCCACUGCAGGUUUGUAAGAGGUGGAACUAUCAUGUCAACAGUGUGGGAGGCUGACAUCUGAAUUCAACACUAAAAUCAACUGGAGAUUCCCUUUUCCGGUGAAGACUUCAUCAAAACUUUCAAAGAUCUUUACAACAGUUGCACUUGAAGAAAUGUGGUGAAAUCAAGUUAUAGUAGUUUAGGAAAUAUUGGGACAUAGAUAAUGGGCUGUGUGCAAUGCAAGGAUAAAGAAGCAACCAAACUGACAGAUGAGAGGGAUAAUAGUUUAACUCAGAGCUUAGGAUAUCGCUAUGGGACAGAUCCCACUCCACAGCAUUAUCCAAGCUUCACUGUGACCACCAUUCCAAACUACAACAACUUCCAUGGGACUGCAGGGCAGGGACUUACAGUCUUUGGGGGUGUAAAUUCCUCGUCACACACAGGAACAUUACGUACAAGAGGGGGAACAGGAGUUACACUUUUUGUGGCCCUUUAUGACUAUGAAGCAAGGACGGAAGAUGACUUAAGUUUUCAGAAAGGAGAGAAGUUCCAGAUACUUAAUAGCUCUGAAGGGGAUUGGUGGGAAGCUCGCUCUUUGACAACUGGAGGGACUGGUUAUAUUCCAAGUAACUAUGUGGCGCCAGUGGAUUCCAUUCAGGCCGAAGAAUGGUACUUUGGCAAACUGGGUAGAAAAGAUGCAGAGAGACAAUUAUUAUCCUUUGGAAAUCCAAGGGGUACCUACUUAAUACGUGAAAGUGAAACCACCAAAGGUGCCUAUUCAUUGUCUAUUCGUGACUGGGAUGACAUGAAAGGAGAUCAUGUCAAACACUAUAAGAUUCGGAAACUUGACAGUGGCGGCUAUUACAUAACUACAAGGGCCCAGUUUGAAACCCUUCAGCAGCUCGUGCACCAUUAUUCAGAGAAUUCUGAUGGUUUAUGUUAUAAUUUAACAAUCAUUGCACCAAGUUAUGUCCCACAAACUGUUGGAUUGGCUAAGGAUGCAUGGGAAGUGUCACGGAGCACAAUACUUCUGCAACAGAAGCUCGGUCAGGGCUGUUUCGCUGAAGUGUGGUAUGGUACAUGGAAUGGAAACACCAAGGUGGCAAUAAAGACUCUGAAGCCGGGUACCAUGUCUCCUGAGUCUUUCUUGGAAGAGGCUCAGAUCAUGAAGAAGCUAAAACAUGAUAAACUGGUGCAACUCUAUGCAGUAGUGUCUGAGGAACCUAUUUACAUUGUGACUGAGUACAUGAGCAAAGGGAGCUUGCUAGAGUUUCUCAAAGAUGGGGAAGGACGAGCUCUGAAAUUGCCGAACUUAGUUGAUAUGGCUGCCCAGGUUGCUGCUGGAAUGGCUUAUAUUGAACGAAUGAAUUACAUACACAGAGAUUUAAGGUCUGCAAAUAUUUUGGUUGGAAAUGGUCUAAUUUGCAAAAUUGCAGAUUUUGGUCUUGCAAGAUUAAUUGAAGACAAUGAAUACACAGCGAGGCAAGGUGCAAAAUUCCCCAUAAAAUGGACAGCCCCUGAAGCAGCAUUGUACGGAAGGUUCACAAUCAAGUCAGACGUGUGGUCAUUUGGUAUUUUACUGACAGAACUUGUAACAAAAGGAAGAGUUCCCUAUCCUGGUAUGAAUAACCGAGAAGUCUUGGAACAAGUGGAGCGUGGCUACAGGAUGCCAUGUCCACAAGACUGUCCCAAUUCUCUGCAUGAGCUUAUGCUGAACUGCUGGAAAAAAGAUCCAGAGGAGCGCCCAACUUUUGAAUAUCUACAGGGUUUCCUGGAAGACUACUUUACUGCCACUGAGCCCCAGUACCAACCCGGAGACAACCUGUAAAUUUCUGCCUGCACCAAGCCAUUGCCAGGUCAAAAUCCUAGAAUUUGCUUCCAGUUUAAUGACUGCCUUUAACAAGGAGCUCUUUCUUCCAGAGUGGGUCGCACGUAGGCGUGAAGCUCAGAACUUAAAGAAAACUUUUUUCCAUGGCCACUUAUAAUAAUCUGAAUGUUCUCUUUUGAAAACAGUAAAACAACGGGGGAAAGGAAAAAAUAUAUAAAACUUCUCAAGCAAAGACUUUGAUGAUGCAUUGUAUUGAUGUUAUGUAAACUGCAAAACCUCGUUCAUUGUAAAUAUUAACUCUGUGCCAAUUCCCAAUGUUAGAGAUUUUUUUUAAAAGCAGAAUCCAUGCAUUUUUAACCCGUUUCCAUUUGAGUCUACACAAGUAUUACUAUACAAAGUGCCCUCAUAAACUUCUUUAAUGUUUUUAUUUAAUAUGUAGAUUAAAUUGUUUUGCUUUUUGUACAUGUACCUAUAAAUAAUGCAAGCUGUACAUACGUACCACCAUGCAGUACAUCUUGUACAUACAUACAUGCAUCCAUACACACUGACAAAAAAAAGUGUGGGGGGGAAGGGUCCAGUUUAGACCAGAAACAUUAACGCCAAUCUAGAAGAAAUAUUUCACAGGUUUCUGAACAAAGACUGACGUGAUCCCAGAAUGGCGCAGUUUUAGCAUUCACUUGUAUUUCACGACUGACAAUGAUCUAAGUUAUGUUAUGAGCUGAAUAAGCCGAUACCUUGUUGACAUGCUGUAAAGUUUCUUAAUAGAUGACAGUGGUUCAUGGUGACACAGCAGCGGCACAAAGAUGCCAGCUAAAUGACUAAUGCGCGUAUUGUCUAUAUUCUACAUUCAUCAGAAUGGUAUGAAUGUGGCUUAUUAAAAAUCCAUGUCACAAUAGCUACCUACUAAGUUUUAUUUUUUUCAUUUUUGAUAAACAUUUAGGGCCAGAUUUAUCAAAGAAUGUCUACGGUAGAGCUAUUUUCCCAUGUUUAUUUGGGUGGUGGGUUUGACUAGCGUGCAUCUUAUUUAUCAAGAAGGUGCAGCAGGAUGAUGAAUUUUGCGCAGCUCUGCUGUGGUGGGAAAAGCUCUACCACAUACACUUUUUCCAGACACUUGUGAGGGAGGGAAGUAGACACUUUCUCGGGUCCUGAAUUUGGCAGGUUAGGUGUUUUUACUUACUUUCACAGAGCUGCCGGACAUUUUUACUUGCAUUUUAGACGCUACAAUCAAAUUUGAUUGCGGCGAUGUCCGGCUUAGAGAUGGGUCCUGGUGGCAGAUAGCCGCCAGGACCACCCAGCUAUGACCUCAGCUCCUGAGCACGUGUCAUAGAAGGGGAGUGGGACGCUGUCGUCCACAAGAGGUUAAAGGUUCAAUUGUGGAAGGUAGAAGUGAUUCUCACGCCUACUGGUAGGGGGUGUAGCUUUGAGCCUAAAAAAGUACCUCUGCGCACAAAAUAGCGACUUUUGACAAAAGUCACAAAUAAUAAAUACGUGAUCACAGCAUGGUCAAAAAGAAAAAGUUCUACGGGUAGGCAAAAAGAGUGAAAUUGUCUAUAUAAAAGACGCAUAAAAGUCACUAAAUAUGCUGCUUGCGCCUGAACUGCGCCAAAACAUAGACGAAAAAAAUGCUCUAAAAGCAAUGAUAAAUCUCCCCCUUAAUCUCUCUCUAUUUUUCACUUGCAAUACACAGCCAUGUAACCUUUGCCAACCUUAGACCACCCAGGAGUAUGUGAGCAGAUUGUUCAUCUUUUUCUAUGUAUUAUUUACCAAUGUAAAAUGGGUCUUUUCAAUGCUGAUAACAAAACUUAUUUCUACUUGUCUUGAGACGUUCUCCAAUGGAAUUACUAUGCACUAUACAUUUCAUGGGGAAUGCACAAAAACUGUAUUUCUUUGUAUCAUUCUUACAUUAAUUCUGUUUGAUGAGCAAUUGUCCUUUCCAUUUGGUUUUUACAUCAUGUUAUCAAUAUAAAGUCUUAACUAAUUUCCUAUUAUCAUUUCUUUACAUUUUUUCAUGAAAAACUGUUUAACUUUAUUAAUUUAGUAAUUAAAUAUGAACAUUUUACAUCA